AUGUCAUCACCUCCCCCACUUCGUCAUCCAGUUCCCACACAUCCUGCGUAUAUUCCGGAGCCUCCUUCUACUCCAGGUUCGCCUAACGGCUACCAACGAUUUUCCUCUUCGCCUGGCCCAAAUCAACAGCAGCAACCGGCUCUCUUACAACAGCAGCAUGUGCCAGCUUACAUGACUUCUCCAUUCCAGCACUCGCAGCAGCAGCAGCAGCAGCACUCCCUAAAUCCGCCGCAACUUCCACAUCAGCCGUCUUUCGUUCCUCAACCGGAUUUCGCAGCGUGGGGGGUAAACGAUGCUACCGCUCAGUUUGGUAUGCAGCUCGGAACUAGCGCAGUCGCAGCUGGUCAGGAAUAUGUUCAGAAAAAUUUUGGAGGAAUAAUUCCUCUCUCAAGCGUCAAACACCACUUCAACGUCUCGAAUUCAUACGUUAUUCACAAACUCAAGUUAGUCGUGUUUCCAUGGACGCACAAGUCAUGGUCCCGACGUGUUCACCGCUCUGAGCAAGGACAGACCGAGUAUCAGGAUCCAAGAGAUGAUAUUAACAGUCCCGAUCUCUACAUACCACUCAUGGCAUUUGUGACAUAUGUUCUAAUAUCGGCAUUUCAUUCCGGUUUACAAUCCAGAUUCCACCCAAAGAUCCUCGGUGAAUCAGCAUCAUCCGCCCUUGCUGUUGUCAUCGUGGAUUUCUUGUUCGUCUAUAUAGGAUGCUAUCUCCUCAAUGUUCAAGCUAGUAAGCAAGCGGUCGAUAUCGUAGCUUACUCUGGUUAUAAAUUUGUCGGAGUGAUUCUCACAAUCCUGUCUUCCUACCUCUAUCUUUCCCGAGCAUUGUACUAUGUGAUAUUCUUUUAUUUCUUCUUCGCGAACGGUCUUUUUCUUCUUCGUUCGUUGCGCUCACUCUUACUACCCGAUCCUGCGCUCAACAGCUCGACGGCUACCAUCAGCCCAGGGCUUCGUCGGCGUCGGAUAUCGUUCUUGUUAAUUGAGGCAGCGUGUCAGUUUGCUUACAUGUUGUUUUUAGUACGGGUGUAG